AUGGCAGCCAAGGUCUUAGGCAUAAGCUCACAGGGUUUUGUUUCUUCCUUUCUUGCUUUCCAAGGAGUCCAAGUGAACCUGGGAUCAUGCAUUACCCUCAAUGUCCUGAGAGUCGUGGAUCUGAAGUACUGCAGUGGCAAUGGCAAUGGACAAUCUCAGCAGAUUCCCGGCGACAUCGGCAACCACACGUCACAGCAGGUCAUCAUUGCUGGCCAGUCCCAAAUUGUGACCAUCAACAGGCAAUGGCAGGUGGCAAUCAUUGAGAAAACCACCGGCAGCGGGUCCUGGAAAACCAUCUGGAACUACAACACGGGUGUCAUUGCAACCAGAGUCAUGCAACAGAACGCCUGCUACAUUUCCAUCAUGAACAGAAAUGAGAUGCCCAGCUUCAAUAAUCUGGCCCGCCUGGCACAGGAGAGCAGGAACCAGAUUGGUCUUGGAAGACCUACCAAGAAGAUCACCUUUGUUGCCAAUGGACUGGUCAACAACCUCAGUUCUUAUGGAGCAGACAUCUUCUCUAUGUGCAGUGGAGUCACCACCUACAUGGCUUACGAAGUUCACGAGCAAAGGAGCAACCGCUUCUCAUGGAAAACCGUCUGGAACUACAACACGGGCAUCAUUGGAACCAAAGUGGUGCAAGAGAGAACUUGCUACAUUUCCACCAUGAACAGAAAUGAGAUGCCCAGCUUUGAUGCUCUUGUCAGAUACGCUCCAGAGAACAAGAACCAGGUCAGUCUUGGAAGACCUACCAAGAAGAUCACCUUUGUCACCAAUGGAUUGGUCAACAACCUCAGUUCUUACGGAGCAGACAUCUUCUCUAUGUGCAGUGGACUCACCACCUACAUGGCUUAUGAAGUUCACGCUGACACAGUCCAGGAGCAGAAGGCAGAGGAGUGA